CCAGCUGGGGAUAUUUACCCCGCGCUGAGCAAAAUCAUCACAUCUCCUGCUGCUCCGCACUCGGCACAAUGACUCUGCAGCUCAAAACCAUUAACGGGGUCCCACUAUCAGAAGCCAUUGCCUCCAACUGGGACGAGAUAUGGGCCUUCCAAGCCAAGCCUGGCGAUAUCCUCAUCAAUACCUACCCGAAAUCCGGAACCACCUGGAUCCAAGAAAUCGUCGAUCUCAUUAUGAAUGACGCAGAUGAGGAGAAAUGCAAAAGGGCCCCAAUUUAUGAAAGGAUCCCCUUUGUAGACAUUCUCCAUUUGAUGAAACCAGGGGUAGAGGAGGUGAAUGCCAUGCCCCCGCCUAGGGUUCUGAAAUCCCAUCUCGCCUUCCAACUGGUGCCGCCAUCGUUUUGGAAAGAAAAAUGCAAGGUGAUUUACGUCGCCCGGAAUGGCAAAGACACCGCCACUUCAUUCUUUUACUUCGACCAGAUGGCGCAUUUACACCCCACCCCGGAGAGCUGGGACGAGUACCUGGAAAGGUUCAUGAAGGGCGAUGUGGGCUGGGGCUCGUGGUACGACCACGUCAAAGGAUUCUGGGAACAGAAGGACAAACACAACAUCCUGUACUUGUUCUAUGAGGACCUCCAGCAGAACCCCCUGGAAGAGAUCCGUAAAGUGAUGAAGUUCUUGGAUAAAGACCUCCCGGAAGACAUGCUGAAGAAGAUCGUGCAACUGACCUCCUUUAACAAGAUGAAGGAGAACCCCAUGGCCAACUACUCCACCUUUCCAUCGGACAUGCUUAACCAAACCAGCCACAAGUUCAUGCGUAAAGGCAAAGUGGGGGACUGGAAGAACCAAUUCACGGUUUAUCAGAAUGAAGCAUUCGAGGCGGAUUACGAGCGGCAGAUGAGCGAUACUACUCUGAAGUUCCACACCGCAAUUCUGGAGCUGCCCGGACUCUUCUCUGGGAGCGGGAUGCCUGGUAAACUGCAGAUCGUGGAAGGCGUCUCCAUUGCAGAGGAUAUUGCCUCAAACUGGCAGCAAAUUCAGUCUUUCCAAGCAAGACCUGGAGAUGUGCUGAUAGCCACCUACCCCAAAGCAGGUACCACCUGGGUCCAAGAGAUAGUGGACCUUAUAUUAAACGAGGGCAAUGAAGAGAUUUGCAGGAGAUCUCCUACUCAUGAGAGGAUGCCCUUUGUAGAGGUGCUGCAUAUGAUGAAACCAGGACCAGAAGAGGUCAACGCGAUGCCAUCACCAAGGGUGCUGAAGACCCAUCUUCCUGUGCAACUUGUACCCCCAUUGUUCUGGAGAUACAAAUGCAAGGUGAUCUACGUAGCCAGGAACCCCAGGGACACCGUGACAUCCUAUUAUUAUUUCGAUCACACAAUCACAUUUCACCCAGCCCCGGGAAGCUGGGAGGAGUAUCUCCACAGAUUCAUGAAGGGCGACGUGGGCUGGGGCUCCUGGUACGACCAUGUUAAAGGAUUCUGGGAACAGAAAGAUCAACACAAUAUCUUAUAUCUUUUUUAUGAAGACAUUAAGCAGAACCCCAUCCAUGAGAUACGCAAAGUGAUGAGGUUCUUGGAUAAAGACCUCUCGGAAGAGGUUCUGGAGAAGAUAGUGCACCUGAGUUCCUUUGACCAUAUGAAGGACAACCCAAUGGCCAAUUUUUCGGCCUUCCCCUCGGAUGUAGUAGACCAGUCUCAGUAUAAGUUCAUGCGUAAAGGUAAGGUAGGGGACUGGAAAUCCCACUUUACUGUUCAACAGAACGAGAUGUUUGAGGAGAAAUACCAACAGCAGAUGCACGGCUCUGCCAUGAAGUUCCGCUAUGACAUAUAAGAUGGGGGGCAGCACCCAGAAUACGUAGGGGCCAAGAGCAUCUUCUUUGCAUUUCUAACCUGGCAUCGCACAAAUGGGGAUCAAUAGUCAGAAUGACAAGUUACCACAGUUCCCUAAGCCCCGCCCCCUGUUGAUCUGGUUGACUGCUUUGAGACUCAAAUAAAAUGUAACAGUAGUCUCCUCCCCUCAGCCUGCCUCCUCCCAAUCCCACAAUUCCCUGCUGCACACGUGAUGUCAAUAAGGAAAGGAACAUCACAGUGCAAUGCAUUGUGGGUUAUGUAGUUCCUGCAUGCUGUCUGUAAGCUGGGGAGAAGUUGUUACAAUUUGUAACAUCAGUGUUUUAGUCCCUCCUCCCCAGCCAGGAUUUCCCCUUGCGAAUAUCAGCAGUUUCCGGAGGUUUAUCCUUUUUAGAAGCUAUUUUUGGGGGGGGCUUGCUUUACUGCUUGUGUCACUUGUAUUUUUGUAGGUGAUAUAUAUGCUCAGUGUAUGCACCCAUGUAUUAUAGGGGCUUUAGAGAUACCUGCUAAUAAUAAUAAUGAUGACGACGAUGAUGAUGAAGAUGAUGACCCCCAAACUAUCUGGAAACAGCUGGGGUUAAAAGCUUGUGGGCUCCAGUUAUUAUAGCAUAAGCGGAAAUGCAUACUGAUCUGUGUAUGGGUUUAUAGAAAUUUCUUGGAUAAUUGUAUUUUAAAGAACCAGUAAAACAUGGGUCAUUUUUUUUACAUUAA